AUGGCAGAUCGAUUCGACCUCGCGGCCAUAGCCGCAAAAAUGCAAUCUCUAAUCGAGGCAUUCGAAUCCCACCCAGAAAACCAGCCCCCGACCCCCAACCCAACCAUCUUCUUCACCUACGACUUCGUCCGCAACACAUACAACCAGCUGAAGGCCAUCGACGCCGCCAAAUACGCCGCUGGCGACCAGGUCGCUCAAGAAGCCGUCACCGAGGUCAUUGGGCGCAACGGCUUCACCCACGCCCUCAUCAGCGACACCAGCGGUAAAAUGUCCAUCAUGAUGGGCGGCGGCCCCGGGUCCGGACCUCCCAACUUCGGACCUGAGAUUAAAACCAAGUCGGAAGAGCUGGUUGCCACCGAUACUGCUUAA